CAUAAGAAGUAAUUGAAGUGGCAUGCAUACAUAUAUAAACCGUGUUGCUUUCAUGAGAAUAUGAAAGCAAGAGCGAACAGCGCGCAACAGUAUGAAUUUGUCAGUAGAACAGGAUGUCUUUGGAACAUCGUGUAAGAUUUUUGGAACCACGCAUUUUGUGGUAACAAAACUUCCGUCUGAUGAGAUACGAGUUAAUCAUGCUGCCGUAAUUGUUCUUAACGUCGUUUUGAUAAUCCCUACGAUAAUGCUCAACGCAGUUGCAAUAAUUACCAUUUGGAAUUCAUCCCAAAUGAACAGCAAGCCUUGUUACUUUGUCGUCGUGGUUCAGUCCGCGAUUGACCUGGCAGUUGGUGUGUUUGGAAUUCCUCUAUUUGUGGUCUUUUUGCUGAGCGCAAUGGGGAACAUGUCGAACUGUUUCGUUGCGACUUUGGCGUACAGAUUGACAAUCGUGCCAAUUGGACUGUCCACAAUCGCGUUGAUUGCAAUGACCGUCGAACGAUACAUUGCAAUCCUACAUCCCUAUUCCUACAUCAGCCUAAUGACAAAAAGAAAGGUUAUGAUCAUUGUUCUUUGCGGUGGCGCGUUAGAGUUCCCAGUUCAUGUUCUAUCCUUGUCUGUUCACGGACUCCUUCAUAGCUAUUCGUCAAUUAAAGUAGUACUUUCCUUUUUCUUCAUUGCGAUUGUCUACACCAGAAUAUACCUGGUCGUUAGAAAGCUGUCUCGUUCGAAAAACAGAAUGCAUGAUUCCUUCUCACAGGAAAACCUAACAAAACGGAAGUCGUUUCUCCAAGAAAUAAAGCAAGCAAAAUCUUGUUUCAUUGUGGUCAUUUGUUUUUUUGUUCUUGGCGUUAUACCGACCCCGAUUACACGUGCAGUCCUUCAAACCCCUGAUCAAUUCGAGGAACUGGAAAUUUCAGUAUGGGCUGUCACCCUUUCGCUGUGUAUUUCCAGUGUGGAUUCGGUGAUCUUCUUUUGGAUGAAGGCUAUGCUGAGAAAGGAAGCCGUCAAAAUGAUGAACAAAAUAUGCUUAAUAUAAGUUGAACAUCAUAUACACACAUGCAUAUAGUAUAUAUAGCAUCGUAUUGUACAACACAAGGAAACUGUUGAAACUUAAAGGUGGGGUACAGUCCGUAAUGUAAACAAAUGUUUUGCUUACAUUUUGAAUCUAUGUACUUCCCAAAAUAAUAAACUCAUAAACUUUAUUACAUAUCAGGAGUUUUUCAGUGAUACAAUACAAC